AAGCUGCUCAGAGUUCUGAACCUUUCCAACUUACUAUUAGUAACAAGAUCGACUCAUCGCAUUUUAAUGGCACCCACUAUCAAGGUCGGAGAUACCAUCCCCAAGGGCGAGUUCGGAUAUAUUCCGUACGCCCCAGAGCUCGAUGAUCACUCUGCUUGCGGAAUGCCCAGCAAGCUCAGCACCGAUGAGUGGAAAGGAAAGAAGGUUGUCCUCUUCUCCGUCCCCGGCGCGUUUACUCCCACCUGUCACGUCAGCCAUCUCCCCGAGUACAUCCAAAAGUACGACGAGCUCAAGGCGAAGGGCGUCGACGUCAUCGCUGUGGUUGCCGCCAACGAUCUUUUCGUCAUGAGUGGUUGGGCACGUUUCGAAAAUCUCAAGGACAAGAUCCUCCCUCUCUCGGACGCCUAUGCGAAGUGGUCGGCCAGCCUCGGCUUGUCCCUAGAUCUCACUGACAAGGGCCUCGGUGUCCGCACUGCUCGCUAUGCGAUGAUUAUAGACGAUCUCGUGGUCAAAUACGUCGAGGUCGAACAGGGCGCGGGGGUCACUGUCAGCGGCGCAUCUGCAGUCCUUGCCGCUCUCUAGAGCACAUGUGUAAGAUAGAACAGAAGAACCGAAACAGGUACAAAGUUGAUGUACUAAGAGAAUACAAUCGAAUGUGUGUAUGAGAGAUAAGGGUAACAGAUGAAAGGCAAAUUAGACGUAGCAGGGAAAUCCAACUACGCCCACGGAUUAUCCUCCGAACCACUAGGAGUAAGCUGGGCAUGAGCCGGAGGUGUCUGAACUCGCGCAACCACAACCUCGGCAUCGUCGCCCUCCCGCACAGCUUCCGAAACUUUCUCGCCGAUAUCUAUCCUCGUCGGUGUGCUUGGCCGGGAACGCAUGUCCGUCACUUCGACUUCUCCUUCGACUCUGCGGCCAUGCGAGUCUUCCCGGACAAGGCCUUGCCGGUAGAUGUUUCUCAGCCCAGAGUUCCCGGGACUCUGGGGGUCUUCGACAACAAGAUCCACCGCAUCUGGCGGUAGAACUGAGUCAUGGCGGGAGCCGGGAGGACUGCCCGCGCUGGCAGCAGGUUUCGGAGCGCCGGAGUUUGUGCGAGAAGUGCUGGGUGCAUGCGUUUUGGUCCAUCGCAAACGGACAUUGACAUCAUCUGCUCCUUCCUGAUUCUGGCUCAGGCCUUCGCUGUGGUCGACCAGUCGUUCUCUGGAUGAAGUUGCGAGCGGAGACGAGGCAUUUGGACGGCUUCCAGUCUGGCCAACUGCACCGUAGCCGUUCCAACGAGGAUGCUGACGAGCAUCGAUAGAGGCCUGGACACCAGCAGGACCCCGGAUUGGAGAGAACCAAGCCCCACGUUCGUCUCUGAGUACGCGCUCUUCCUCGUCCCAGAUCUGCGUUCGAGCUUGCUCAGAGCUGACAUCAAUGACCGGGUAGUUAUAGUCGCCGAAGACGAAGCUGCGACUGACUCGGAACAGUUCUUCGUCCCCGAGUGCAUCUGCGUCUCCAAAUGGCAGCGAAUACCCGUCACCGUCGUCACUACUGGUCCAGAUGUUGUCUUCACUGUCAUGUUGAACCAAAUCGGGAGCGAGAGUGACCACGCGUUCCUCCUGCUGUGCCAUCAAUGGUGCAUGCACAUCAUCCAGACUGUCCCUUUGGCCAAUCAGACCGUCCACGAUACGACGCACACCUCCCCCUCCGACUUGGGUAUUCUCGGCAGGUUGUGGCAGCCAAUACUUGCGCCUCCCCCCAUCUGCGUAACGGAGGCCGGCCCGAAUUCUCCGGUCCCUCCCUUCGCCCUGGUGCAUAUAACCCUCGCUAGGCUCAAAAGCCCGGUAAUCCAUCCCUUCGCCCCGUAGCGUGGCUUUGCUGUCGGCAACGACGUCGAGCAUCCCACACGAAUCUCGCAUCGCAUAUAACAUUGGCAUCCGGGCGACAAAUGUUGCAUCUCGGUCAAUGAAAUCCGUGUGAGAAAACGCAUAUGCAUGGGCGAUGGCGAAAAGGGGCAUUUCGAUGCAGAUCAAGAGGUCAGUCAGGGCCAGCGCAAUGGUGUCCUCGUCCUCGUCUCGGGUAUACGGACCGAGGUGUUUGAUGGCGCCAGCAGAAACAAGGAUCGAGAUAAACAGCGCCUGCCAGAAGGAAAAGAACAAGAUUCCCUUAACACAAAGGAAUUUGGGCAUAGGCCUAUGAUCUCAAGUCCUCGUUUGUACACAUCCAGAAGACAGCCAGACAGUACAGGCUGAGGCAGAUGCUGGUAUUAUAUAUUACACUAAUGUAGAGGAAGCCAGAGUCCCAGCGCAGGUUGCCUUCGUUGUACUUGCCGGUCGCCUUGAGGAUCAUAGUGACGAUGGCAAGUAUGGGUUUGAUUUGAACAUAUUCUGUCCACACAUCAGAAUCAAUGCAAGCAAUGGCUUUACCACUACUGACGCAAAAUCCCCCGUUUGAGGAAUAGAAACAUGUACGGGUCGCUGACAUCGAUCUCCCGCUUCCAAAGACUGACGGGAAAAACAGGAUCCUUGGGUGGUCUUCCGUGCAUCAUGAUGAGGAGAGAGCGU